UCGAAGCAUUAAGAUCGUUCGAAAUCUCCUAAAUUAACUGGUUAGUCACAUUCUGAUAUCGCAUCGAAUAACCCUUGGAACGAAACGUGACAACACCGCGGUAUAAUCUAGUAAAAGAUUCUCCGUCAACUGGGCGUGUUGGUUUUCACAAAUAAUCGAACAUUUAUGUGUAUUUUUAUGAUAAUGUGCUAGUUUAAUAAUUAGAAGUGUAAACAGAAACUAGCUCCAACAUGUCCUUAUCCCUGCGUAUCAACCUUAUCGAUGGAAAUGUCACCAAAACCAUCGUUUUCGACUCUUCAACCACAGUCUACGAUGCCUGCAAGAUUAUCAGGGAAAAAUGUACAGAGGCCAACAUGGGACAACCGAAAGACUAUGGCUUGUUCCUCACAGACGAAGACAGCAAAACUGGAGUAUGGUUAGAGCCAGCUCGUCAACUUGAGUAUUACUUACUCAGAAAUGGCGACCUUUUGGAAUACAGAAAGAAACUGAGGACUCUGAGGGUCAAAAUGUUGGAUGAAUCCGUCAAGACGAUGCUUGUGGAUGACUCCCAGAUCGUGGCCAACCUGAUGGUCGUGAUCUGCACCAAACUCGGCAUCACCAACCAUGAUGAGUACUCCCUGGUGCUACAAGAACUACCCGACAACCAGGAAAACCUAGACAACAGAAACUACGGCACCCUGACCUUGAAACGGAAGAAGGAAGAGAAGACAGAGAGGGAUGUCAAGAUGGAACAGCUGAGGAGGAAGCUGCACACGGACGACGAUGUGCCUUGGCUGGACCCUGCGAAGACUCUGAGGGAACAGGGGAUAGAUGAGAACGAGACCGUCAUCUUGAGAAGAAAGUUCUUCUUCUCCGACCAGAACAUCGAUUCACACGAUCCCGUUCAGCUGAAUCUGCUGUAUGUGCAGGCCAGGGACGCCAUCUUGAACGGAACCCACCCUAUUACGGAGUCGAAGGCUUGUGAGUUUGCCGGUGUUCAGUGUCAGAUCCAGUUUGGCGACUACGUGGAGAACAAGCAUAAACCAGGUUUUCUGGAGCCAAAAGAAUUCCUACCCCAAUCAUACGUCAAAGUCAAAGGAAUCGAAAAGAAAAUAUUCGCUGAGCACAAGAAACACCAAGGUUUAGACGAACUGGAGGCCAAAGUAUUAUACACCAAAAACGCGAGAGCCUUGAAAACAUACGGUGUCACUUUCUUCUUGGUUAAGGAAAAGAUGAAGGGCAAGAACAAGUUGGUACCUAGGCUUUUGGGUGUUACCAAGGAUUCUGUUUUGAGACUAGACGAAAAGACCAAAGAAAUCUUACAGACUUGGCCUUUGACAACUGUCAGACGUUGGGGUGCUAGUCCCAACACCUUCACCUUGGAUUUUGGAGACUAUUCAGAUCAGUACUACUCUGUACAGACGACUGAAGGCGAACAGAUCCAACAGAUCAUCUCGGGUUAUAUCGAUAUAAUCUUGAAGAAGAAACAAGCCAAAGAUCAUUGUGGAAUAGAAGGUGAUGAAGGUUCCACCAUGUUCGAGGAAAGCGUAGCACCACACAAAGCUACCAUUGUACAGAACGAAACAACGAAAGUUGGUAAAAUCAAUAUGGAAUCUCUGGCGAAACCAGCAGUUAUACGAACUGGAGCAAAUGGGGAGAAAACUUUUAUUACUGGGGUUAUGAGUAGUCCGCAAAUUCCCACAGUAGGGGGACAAGUGAAUUUAGGACAUGCUCCAUCAACGGCGCAACAAACGAAGGUAACCUCCGUGAUGACCGAACCUCAAAGAGCCUUAGUAUCCACCAUAACACAAACCCAAACGAGGAUAAAAGAAUCCGAAUACGAACUAGAGACAAGAGCCCAGAUACCGGAACUUGGCACGGAUGCAUCAUCUAUGAAAUGGAAGCAAGUAACCCUGGAUACCAGAAAACAGAACGUCGGGUCCUCCAUAGCUGCCAUGAACGCAGCCACGGCUCAGGUUGUAACUCUGACGGGAGGAAAUCAAGACGAGGUUGACCACACCGCUGUUGGCGCUGCCAUAACCACUAUCGGAAGCAACCUGCCGGAAGUUACCAAGGAUGUUAAGAUGAUAGCUGCCCUCAUGGAAGACAGGAACAUGGGGCAGAAGCUUUUGGACGCCACGAGGAAGAUGUGCUUUGCCUUCAGCGACUUGUUGAAGGCUGCUGAACCCGAGUCUAAAGAGACAAGACAAUCCCUCCUCAACGCUGCCACAAGAGUGGGAGAAGCCAGCACACAAGUCCUGGCUACAAUCGGCGAAGACACCAUCGAGAACAAGGAACUCCAAGACAUGCUCCUGUCUCUAGCCAAAGCUGUAGCUAACACCACAGCCGCAUUGGUCCUCAAAGCCAAGAAUAUAGCGUCAACUUGCGAAGACCAACAGACCCAGAAUAGAGUCAUUGGCGCUGCCACCCAAUGCGCCUUGGCCACAUCCCAGCUGGUAGCUUGCGCCAAAGUGGUCGCUCCCACUCUAACUUCUACCGCAUGUCAGGAACAGCUCACCAUGGCGGUGAGGGAGGUCGCUAAGGCUGUGGAGAAUCUAGUUGCGGUUUGUAACGAGACUUCCAGAGAUGAAGAGCUCAACGGUCAGUUGAGACUGGCGGCUUCGGAGGUUUCUAGGACUUUGAAUGACCUGCUGAACCAUAUCAAGGUCGCGUCUAAGGUGAGGGCCAGAGAGAGCGUGCAGGAGUAUAGCGUGGAAGAGAUCUAUACAGCCACUGAUAAGUUGACGGCUGCUUCCGGAGACCCUAACGAGAUGGUGCGACAGGCUAGAAGGCUGGGUCAGGCAACUGCGCAACUCAUACAGAGCAUCAAGGGAGAAGCGGAGAAACUGCCAGAUUCGGACAUACAGAGACGUCUGUUGGCGGCGGCCAAGACUUUGGCCGACGCGACUGCCAAAAUGGUAGAGGCGGCAAGAGAGUGCGCCAAAUACCCACAAGACGUGGGUUACCAGGACGCCUUGAGACGCACAGCCGAAGAACUUAGGGAUGUCACCAUAGUGGCGGCAACCACGCCAGCCCUAAGGGCCAAGAUGGUGGAGACGGUGCAGGUGUGCGCCAGAAAAGCUGUGUCCUCGGCCACGCAGUGCAUAACAGCGGCGCAGUCGAGCAAUCAGUACAACGCCAACUCGGCCACCAGAGAGACUCUCAUAAGCGACACCCAGGAGCUUGCUGAUCACAUACCGCCGUUGGUCGACUCGAUAAAGGCGAACGCGGCAACACCGCAGGAUGCCUUCAACCAGAGCGAGCUGAUGUAUGUCGCUGAAGUUUUCGUACACCCGGCCGUCAGGUUCGUCCAAUCCUCCCGCUCGGUCCUGCCAACAUUAUCGGACCAGGGGAUCACGGAACGCCUCUCCAUAACCAGCCAGCAGUUCAACUCCGACCUCAGCGAACUCCGGGAUGCCCUGACCCGGGCCAAACCCGCCUGCCAAGGUUUAGGCUUUCAGGCCGCCUCCCAGCUCAUCGACAGCCUCAGGGAAGAGCUCGAAGAGUUCGACAAGGCCGUCCAGAUGCACUCGUUGCGCCCCCUACCGGGCGACAGCAGCGAGAAGGGAGCCCAACUGAUGUCGGCCAGCAGCAAGGCCGUGAACCAAGGCGUGGCCCAGUUGAUGAGCGCUGCGGCUCAAGGGAACGAGCCCUACACCGCCCAGGCUGCCAGAGACACUGCGGAGAGCCUCAGGGCGUUGACCAGUUCGGUUAGGACUGUUGCUGCUACCACCAAUAACGUGGAUGUGCAGAAGAGGCUUAUAGGGUCGAACAGGGAAGUUUUGGCUCAUUCGGCCAGGUUGGUCGAGGAGGCUCAGAGAAGUUUGCACACAGUGGGCGUGACAAAUGGCUUGCAGAGCGCUGCUAGAGACAUUGCUGACUCUCUUAACAGAACAGUCGGCUGUCUACCAGGUCAAAAAGACGUAGACAAUGCCAUCACUAACAUUAUAGAAUGGACUUCCAUCAUAAGUCUCAAUAACUUACCUCCCACCUCCAAGAGUUACGGCGAGUUGCAACAAGAACUCAACACCGCGGCGGCUAACCUCAACGAGGCUAGCUCCAGCGUGGUGGUAUCGGUCAGGAGUCCAACGCAGUUGGCCUCCAGUUCCAAAGACUUCUCCGCCGCCUUCCAUGACCUUUUGAACGUCUCUCUGGAGAUGGCCGGUCAGACCACUGACAUCCAGGUUAAGGGUCAGAUGGUUCACUCGCUGAAGAGUGUGUCCACCAGCUCCAGCACUUUGUUGACCACCGCCAAAUCCUUGUCAGCUGAUCCUAACUUGCCCAACGGCAAAAACCAACUGUCUGCUGCUGCAAGGGCUGUUACAGACAGCAUCAACUUCUUGGUCAACGUCUGCACAUCGGCUGCACCAGGUCAGAACGAGUGUGAUAACGCAAUAAGGAAGAUACAGGCGACUAGGCAUCUUUUGGAGAAUCCUGCAGAGCCUGUCUACGAGUUAUCUUACUACGAGUCGUUGGACAGUGUUAUUGAAAAGAGCAAAGUGUUAGGUGACGCUAUGACGGGUAUAACCAGCAGCGCUAAGAUAUCAGAACACGAGAAGUUCUGCGACAACAUCAAGAUAUUCAGUGGCGCCAUCUGCAACCUCAUUGAAGCAUCUGCACAGAGUGCCUACCUGAUAGCCAUAUCGGACCCUACCAGUAUAGCAGGUCGACCAGGUCUCGUGGAUCAGGCGCAGUUCGCCAGAGCUUCCCAAGCCAUCCACCAGGGCUGCGCUGCUCUUGCUUCACCUUCCAGCCCUCAAAAGCAGGUUUUGGACGCGGCGACUCUCAUCGCCAAGCACACAAGCGCCCUCUGCAACUCGUGCAGGGUUGCCAGCGCUAAAACUUCCAACCCAGUGGCUAAACGUCAAUUCGUGCAGAGCGCCAAGGCUGUCGCCAACUCUACGUCUGCUUUAGUGAAACAGAUCAAAGCUUUGGACUUGACCUAUUCGGAAGAGAACAGAAGAAACUGCGCCGAGGCUACUGGUCCUCUCUUAGACGCCGUGAACAACCUGUGUAUCUACGCCAGUUCCAGCGAGUUCGCCAGCAUCCCUGCAAAGAUAUCCCACCAAGCGCGUUUGUCUCAACAACCGAUCUUAGACCCCGCCAACAGGCUUAUCGACAGUUCCAGCUCCGUGAUCAACACUGCCAAGAACCUCAUCGUGAUGCCCAAAGAUCCUUCCACCUGGCAACAGUUUGCCAGCACGUCCAAACAGGUUUCGGAUUCGAUGAAGCUCUUGGUUACCAACAUACGUAACAACGCACCAGGAAGGAACGAAUGCGAAACAGCUGCAAACACACUGAACAACCACCUAAGAAGCAUCGAUGCCGCUUGCAUGGACGCAGUCUCCCAAUCCCUGGCCCCUAGGAGAGGUGCCACGUUGCCGGUGUACAGCCAGCAGGUAGAGAGGGCGGCAGCAGGCCUUUACGACACAAUUGAACCCCUGAGAUACGCCUCUAAGUCCGAGGCCGAGAACAUAGGACACGCCGUGAACCAGAUGGUGCAAUACUUCGAGCCACUGGUCCAAGGCACCAUAGGAGCUGCUUCAAACCUGAACAAUUCCAAGCAGCAGGAACAGAUUCUGGACCAAGUUAAAUCGGUUACAGAGUCCGCGCUUCAGUUGAUCUACUCGACCAAGGACAGUGGAGGUAACCCCAAGGCCAUUAACAUCCACCCAGACAUCGACGAGUUCGCCAACUGCACUAAAGAAGCCCUACAAGAGCUAAUGAGCAGCAUAGAAGCAAUAUCCACUCAAAGCGGUAUAGUGUCCGGUGUUGUAGAGAACUUGACACGUGCCAUGACCCGUCUAUCCGACCACAGAGCCUCUUUGAUCAUUUCUGACGAUGACAAUUACGUCGACUACCAAACUCGCAUGGUAGAAUGCGCCAAGGACAUAGCCAAGAUAGCCGGAGAAAUGGCUUCUAAAGCAUCCACCGACACCCAGAACUUGGCGCCACUCUCUGCCGACUUGGCUCAUAAAUACACCCAACUCGCCAACGACAGUAUUGGAGCUGCGGCAGCAGCUACCAAUGGCGAGGUCGGGUUACGCCUCAAGGAGGUCGUGCAACAACUGGGCGGGGCCUGCGUGGACCUCGUACAGGCCGGAGGCCACUGUCUCAUCCAGAAGGACGACAUCGUUCUCAGGGAGCUAGGGGACUACUCUAGAAACGUGACUGAGAAGGUCGCCAGGGUACUGGCCACCCUACAGUCCGGUUCUAGAGGUACGCAGGCUUGCAUCAACGCAGCCUCCACGGUGUCCGGCAUCAUAGGUGACUUGGAGACCACGAUAAUGUUUGCCACUGCUGGUAAUUUGAAUCCCGAGAACGAACAUGAGAGUUUCGCUGACCACAGGGAGAAUAUCCUGAAGACUGCUAAGGCUUUGGUCGAGGAUACCAAGACUUUGGUAGCUGGUGCUGCUUCUACUCAGGAGCAGUUGGCUGUUGCUGCUCAGAAUUCGGUGUCCACCAUUGUCCAAUUGGCCGAAGUAGUCAAGUUCGGAGCCUCAAGUCUGGGCUCGGACAAUCCCGACUCCCAAGUGAUGUUGAUAAACGCCGUCAAAGAUGUCGCUAGUGCACUAGGAGACCUUAUCCAUGCCACCAAAGCUGCCAGCGGCAAACCAAUAAACGAUCCUGCCAUGGCCCACUUGAAGGAGAGUGCUAAGGUGAUGGUUACUAACGUUACUUCGUUAUUGAAGACAGUGAAGGCAGUUGAGGAUGAACACACUCGUGGUACAAGAGCCCUAGAAUCCACUGUUGAAGUCAUCGGUCAAGAAAUGAGAGCUUUAUACUCUACUGACGGUUUUAAGAAGGAGGUGACCGCUGAAGAUAUUAUUAGAAGUACAAAGGCUAUAACCAGAGCUACAGCUAAAGCUGUUUCGGCUGGAAUCAGCAAUAGGCAAGACGACAUUAUUGCUGUGGCUAAUUUGGCUAGGAAAUCUAUCUCAGACAUGCUUAUUAUUUGCAAGAGUGCCGCUCAUUUCAUAGCUGAGUCGCCUGAGCUAAAGGACAGAACACUAAAUGCAGGAAACGAUUGCGCACAACAGUUCAGAGAACUUCUUCUGGCCAUUCUUCAUGGGAACAGCGCUGAUGCCAAACACAUCCUUCCACAGAUAUCGAGAAAGAUAGCUCAGAGCGUUACAGAACUUGUUAGCGUUGCAGAACUCCUUAAAGGUUCCGAUUGGGUAGAUCCUGAUGAUCCAACUGUGAUAGCAGAGAAUGAGCUGCUGGGAGCUGCAGCAUCCAUUGAUGCAGCUGCUAAGAAGCUCGCCAAUUUGAGACCUAGGAGAGCUAUAACGACUCAGGACUUGGACGAAUCCAUGAACUUCGAUGAGAUGAUAUUGGAAGCGGCAAAAUCUAUUGCUGCAGCUACUUCUGCACUGGUGAAAGCAGCAAGUGCCGCGCAAAGGGAACUCAUCGACAGUGGUAAAGUGUCUAGGACUCCGGUUUCAUCAUCGGAUGAUGGACAAUGGUCUGAAGGCUUAAUUUCUGCAGCAAGAUUGGUUGCUGCUGCAACGCACAGCUUGGUAGAAAGUGCCAAUGCUCUUGUGAAAGGACUUGGCAGUGAGGACAAACUCAUAUCUUCAGCCAAACAGGUGGCAAGUUCCACUGCACAACUUCUCGUAGCUUGCAAGGUCAAAGCCGAAGGUGAUACUGAGGCAACACGUAGACUCCAACAGGCCGGUACUGCAGUUAUCCGUUCUACCGACAACCUGGUACGCGCCGCACAGAGGGCUAAGAGUGUGGAGGAGGAGAGAAGCCUUGUCCUCAACAAGAGGAUGGUAGGAGGUAUAGCGCAAGAGAUAGACGCCAGAAGCGAAGUGUUCAGGAUCGAGAAAGAACUCGAGGAAGCGAGGAACAAACUCACGGCCAUCCGACAGGCCAAGUACAAGUUGAAGGCCUUCGAUACUUCCGGAGAAGACACCGAUGGUUAUAUCAGUUCGACGCAAGAGGGAGAGACGUCGCGAUUGUACCAGUCCGACUCUCUCAACAACUCCUACAAGUUCAAUCAAACGCCAUACGCUAACACCUACAGUCAUUUAGAGAGUCCGGAAAAGGUGAAUUCUCUGGAUCGACACAAAAGAAAUAACACUCUGCUUCAGUCACAUAUUAGCGAAUUAGACAAUGCAGUAUAUGGAAGUAACAACGUUUAUGGUCAAAACGCUUACGAUGAUCAAAAGUACAGUUCGUAUAAAUCACAGUCAAAUUACGAACCCCUGUAUAGUUCCAAUACAUAUUCGUCGUAUAACCACCCUACCUCUCCUAGCUAUAGUACAGGUUAUGUACCGACUACGAAACCGUUCGAAAGCGCCAUCUAUAGCUCGGUUAACAAACCCGCAGCGCCACCUGUUAGUCCGGCGCAUAACCUAAAUUCGCCGAAAAUGUUUGGUAGUCAACCUGCGAGAACUUUCGAUUAUACCAGUAGUCCUUCACCAAGCUAUGACCAAAAAUAUCGCUCUUUUGAUCUAAAACCACAGUCUUCAACUGAUGGUUAUUCCAGUUCGGAAUACAGUACAAACACAUACAAAACACCAGCAGGUUUCAAAACAGAAAGUUUCAAGUAUGAAACAUACAAAUCGGGUGAUCCAAUCUAUCAGACAAUCGAAGAAAAGUACUACACUAGCACACCAAGCAAAGGCCUGUCCAAUGCCACAUUCGAGAGUGUUAAAAAUGGCGUUGAUUCACAGUAUCAAUCGUCUUUUUCUACCAACGUUGAGUAUAUAAACGAACCUCCAGUUUUGAAAGAUAGUGAUACUUUAGAGCAGAAAAUGUUAAAGAAAUCGGUUACUCAACAAGUUGUCGAAAAGAAAACUGUUUCUACUAUGAGAACUACAAAACAGGAGAGUUCAACGAAAACUUUUGGUUUCAAGUGAGACGCACUGUAUUAGUUCAUGAAUUAAUCAGAUCGAAACAAAGUUUAACAAGUUCACUUUGAAAGCUGUUUAAAAAAAUACAAGAAAACCAUAAUUGCUAUUAGAACUACUAAAAAUUCACAAGAUUACAAGCGAAAUAAACUGUCAUAAAACUUUUAGAAUAAAAGGAAAGAGAUAUAAAACUUUUUCGUAUUUUUUCAUUACCAAGUGAGCUUAAAUGAAACGCUUUGAGACUGCAUCUAUAUCAAUCUUACUUGCCAUACAUAAUUUUAUCUUGAAACUUUUUUAUGCUUCCAUAAAGUGACCUUAAUUUUGUAUAUGGUGCUAGAUUUAGAGAAGCUGAAGUUGAAAACUGUAAAUAUUUGUAUAGAACACCUGUGUUUUUCGUUAAAAUUGUACUUUUUAUGUACAGAAACUUUCGAAAGCUUUGCUACUACAGCUUUAUUUUCUCAUUUCAUUCAGGGUGUACUCCCAAGUGUAUGAAAUUAUAUAAGUUUUGUGCCAAUUCAUGUUAUGAGAGCUUCUCGAAUAUUUUAUCUCUAUUGUAUAAACUCAUUUAUAUAUAGUACUUAUAAAAUAGCAUUUUAAUAUAAAAAUAAUCUUAUAUUGUUAUCAUUGAACUUCACGAGUGCCUAAAAUCUUACAUCAAAUCAAAACUUUAUUAUUAGAGCGUUUUUUAAUCUUUUACAUUGAUGCGUGGUGCUAACUGCCAUAGAUUGUUUUAAUAUAGAUAUUUGGAAUGUUUUACUCAUAUCUAUGAAUUUUGUUCUAUAAUUAUGUAAUUUUUAAUAUGUAUAAUAAAAUAUACUAAUUAUAAUAA